AUGUCUCGGCGUGAGAAGUGUGCCAAGGCAAAGACUGAAACCUUGCACAAGCGUGUACGAGAAGCUGAAGCAGAAUGCCGUCAGCAGACUGCCAAAGCUGAUGCUAGUGUUAUGCGCAUCAGCACUCUCGAAAAACGUAAUGGUGAACUUACCAAAAGAACCAAGGCUUUGUCCAUGCGAGCUGCUCGUGUCCCAGGACAAAAGGUUCGUGCAGUCGAGAAUGCAGUCAACAAACUUGUUGUUUCAUGCACCAUAUCUGAGCCAACCUUGAAGUUGAAGGAAGGUGGUGUUAUCACAGAUGCUGCUCGAGAUAUGGUCCGUGACCUUGUAGCUAUCCACAAUCUUCCCGUAUCGAGUGUCAAUGGAGCAAUAGCCACAAUGUCCUCUGUCAUAGGAGUUGAUCUGGAGGGCACAAUUAGUGAAUGGAGCAUUGGUUGGAUCAUGAAGGAGGCUUCAGUGGCAGCACAAGUACAACUUGUGGAUGAGAUCACACAGGUCGAAGGAAUAACCUUGAGCAGUGAUGGAACGACCCAUAAAAAUAUUAAUUAUCAGUCUCACCACCUCACAUACUCCUCUCCUGAUGGGGAAGGUGUGACCCGAUUUGCUGGGAUCCUGCACGAAGUGAACCAUACAAGCGAAACACACGAUGAAAUGUAUGCAGCUUAUAAUGAGUGUAUGGACCACUCUCAAGAUCCCCGAGAGUUCGCAGCGAAAUCCAAAGGCAUGCUCACAGAUCAUGUUGAGGAUCAGAAAAAGCUGGUGCGGCUGUUCAUGGAAUGGAAGCGGACGUGUGAGAGAGAAGUUCGUGGCGAGAGGGCACUGGCCUCCCUACCUCUGGAUGACAUCACUCGUAUCAUUGAUCACAUGAUGGAAUGCAUCAUUGCUGCUGCCGGAGGGGUCAAUGGGUGGGAUGCACUGUCACUUGAUGAGCAGCACAGACGCACAAAGGCAGCUCACCAGCAGCUGCAUGUUCAUGUCGGGGAGCAACACUUUGCAUCUCUGACAGAUGCCGAAAAGGAAGCAGUUGACUUUUUCGUCUGGGCCGGCUGCUGUAUGCACAAGGAGUUAAAUGCUGUCAAAGGGGGUAAUGCGCGCAUGACAGCAUGGUGGGUUAAAAAUGGGAUUGAGGGGCCAAUUCUGCUGAUGAAUAAAGAUAAUGCAGCCACAGCUGCAUCAGGGGGGAACACUGCCGCAGUGUCACGCGCGGUUCAAGUGUCAGGUCAUGGGGCUGUGAAGGCACUUGACCUCACUGGAGGUGUAUUCCGACACAAGGACGACAAGAAAGGUCAGCAGGAUGCCUUCCGAUACUACAUGGAAGAUCAACUCGGCUAUUUUUCUGCCUGGCCUGACACGAGCAACACACAUUAUCAAAGUAACUGUGAUGGUGCGAGUCAAUGGCUAGUCCACCGACCCUUAUUUAUCCCUUAUCUGGAGCUUAUGCUCCACCACAAAGAAAGCCGCACUCACACGAACAUGGAACGAAAUGUGUAUAUGGCAUUGUUCUGUCAAAAAAUGGCUGAAGAGAUGACUGCAUUCAGUACAUGGGGUAAUUGUAUUGGCCAUCCUUAUAUGCGCCAGAUCCGAGGAGCACUGCGCACAUUUUCAAACAUCCUAGACCUCCGUCCCCUGCACGACAAUCUCAUUAUCCACGUGAAGAUGUUGAUUGUCAACAUAGAUUUGGUCAUCGGUCCCGAUGCGACUUACCAGACAGCAACCCUUGAUGUAAAGCCAUUUGAACGACCGGAGGCCUUUUAUGUCGUCCACAGAAUGGCCCAAGACACAAAGACCUAUCCUCACCUUCGACAACUACUCAUCAAAUUCCUUGAAGGUGCCCUCAAAACUCUCCUUCGCUUUUGUGCAAAGUUUGCACCCGACAGUAUCAUUGCAAAAAGCACUGCUCCCCAACGGGAACUCGCUCGCAUGGAAACCACAAACGAUGCAAACGAGGGUGCACUCGGCACCCUCCGCAUCACGCUCAGACAUGCCCCUCGCGAGAGAAAACGGAGGAGGGCACAAGUGGAGUAUGACCGAAAGCUGAUUGAAAAGAACCACGAGAUUGACAAGCGGAGGAAGGAACGGAGGGACGCCGCCACUGCAAAGCUCGAUGCUGUUGUGCCUUGUCUUGUGGAUGCAGACUUGGCCAAGAUGCGUGUUGCUGACAUUGUUCUACAGCUUCGUUGGCAUCACAUGCCAAAGCGGAAGGAGGACAAAUUGAAGGUCCUGAGGGAAGCUAUCGCACAUUACACGAGUGGGGAGGUUACACACCGAGAAACCACACAGGAGGUUCCUUUGGAGACAGGCGAGAGUGAAGAUGAGGACGAGCCUUGGACUAUACAGCCAAUGACACACAUCCUUCGACCAAUGACUCACGAUGAAUCCUUCAGCUUGGUUUCAUGCCUGUAA